GAUGAAACAGGGGCAUAUCUCAUUGAUAGGGAUCCCACAUAUUUUGGUCCAAUCUUGAACUACCUCCGGCAUGGAAAACUCAUAAUAAACAAGGAAUUGGCUGAAGAAGGUGUUCUGGAAGAAGCUGAAUUUUACAACAUUGCAUCUCUAGUGAGGCUGGUGAAAGAGCGAAUACGAGACAAUGAAAGCAGAACUUCUCAAGGACCUGUCAAGCAUGUUUACCGAGUUCUGCAGUGCCAAGAAGAAGAACUCACCCAAAUGGUGUCUACUAUGUCUGAUGGGUGGAAAUUUGAACAGUUAAUUAGUAUUGGAUCAUCAUACAACUAUGGAAAUGAAGAUCAGGCAGAAUUUCUCUGUGUUGUAUCGAGAGAGCUCAAUAAUUCGACCAAUGGCAUUGUCAUAGAGCCUAGUGAGAAAGCAAAGAUUCUUCAGGAACGAGGAUCACGGAUGUAAUCCAAGCAUCUAACUUUAAAACUCCCAGAUGUUGAAAGGGCAACUUAGCAGGGCAGAGCAUUUCUCCUGCAGUCCAAUCUUGCUUUUGUACAGUAAUAAAACUAACACAAAGCAAAGCUGAGCCUGUCCUGCCAGUGGAGAAUUAAAUUCUGGUAAAAACCAAAGGCUCAUCCCACCCCAGUCACUGAGAAGCUAAGAGAAAGAAGAGAAUCUUCCAGCUGGAGAGCGCAUUGCUCUGCUUUUUUCCCCCCUUGCUGUCUUGCUUUUGCUGUCUUGGCAUUGACACAUGUUUGGGGAAUAUAUAUAUAUAUAUAUAUAUUUAUAUCAUCACAAGCCUGGAUAAAGAGCAGACUUUUGUUUUGGUUUCACACUGCUAUUUUUAAUGCUUUAGUUAGAAAAAUUGUCUUGGUUAGAGAUAUUCAGGUCAAGGGAAAAUAGAU